AUGAAGACUGAAGAACAAAUCCAGACGUCCGCCGCGGGCCUUCCUCCGCUUACUACCACGACCGAGCGCAAGCUAAUGGCCAAAAUCGAUUGGCACAUCGUUCCGUGCUUGUGCGUUCUGUACCUGCUGGCGUUCCUGGAUAGAGUAAAUAUCAGUAAUGCCGCAGUGCUCGGACUGCAGAAGGAUCUCGACAUUGUCACCGGAACUAAGUACAACACUGCAUUGACCAUCUUCUUCGUGCCAUAUGUGCUGUUCGAGAUUCCGUCCAAUCUGCUGCUCAAAAAGUUGCAUCCGCAUGUCUGGUUGUCACUAUGCAUGUUCGGCUUCGGGCUUGUCAUGAUCUGUCAAGGCCUAGUUUCGAACUGGGGUGGAUUGGUAACCACGCGUUGGUUUCUGGGAAUGUUUGAAACAGGCAUGUUUCCGGGGUGCUUCUAUCUGCUAAGUUCGUGGUAUAAACGAAGUGAAGCCCAGAAGCGGUUCAGUUUCUUCUUCAGCUCGACCACCCUUGCCGGUGCCUUUGGUGGUCUGUUAGCUAGUGGUCUCGGAAAGAUGGCUGGCCUGCGAGGCUAUAACGGCUGGCGAUGGGUCUUCAUCAUCGAAGGUGUCAUUACUUGCGUAGUGUCCUUCGCAUGGUAUUUUGUCAUUCCCGGGUUUCCAGAGGAUGUCAAAUGGCUCAACGAUGACGAGCGGAAGUACAUCAAGGCAAAGCUAGCCCAAGAUCUGGGAAAAGCUGGGCACGACGCCCAUAUCGGUUUCCGGGAAGUGCUGGACGUGUUCAAAGACUAUAAAAUCUUCAUCGGCGGACUCAUGUACUUUGGUCAAGUCGUGUCGGCCUAUGGAUAUGCCUACUUUGCACCAACAAUCAUUAACACCUAUGGUUACGGAGGUAUGCUGACGACGCAGUUGUACUCAAUCCCGCCAUGGGCAGCCGCCUUCUUCUUCUCGAUGGCCAUUGCAGUAUUGUCUGAUAAGUUCAAGCAUCGGUUUGCGUUCACCCUGAUUCCUAUGAUGAUCACUAUCGCAGGAUACGGGAUCCUCUUGAAUGUCCACGGAGUGGCUCAUAGAAAUGUCCAGUAUGGUGCUCUUUUCAUGGUCACAUGCGGCACGUACAGCGCAAUGCCCGUGAUUGUGUGCUGGUUUGCUAUGAACCUAGGCGGCCAUCGUCGACGCAGUGUAGGAACAGCAUGGCAAGUUGGGUUUGGGAAUAUUGGAGGAUUUAUCUCCACAUACGCAUUUCUAGCGAAAGAUGCACCUCUUUUUCGUAAUGGAUAUAUCAUCGGCCUGUCCUUCCAGUGCUUUUCGGCUGCCUGCUGCGUUCUCUAUCUCAUAGCUAUCUGGACUGCGAACAAACGACGGGAGCGGUCCAUGGCCCAUGGCAACGGCCAACCGAGUUUGUUGGAGGAGGAAGAAGGACUUCAAGGUGAUCUAGCGGUGGCAUACCGAUACGCAUAUUGA